AUGUAUUUGCGUUCGCGUUUGUGUCUGCUCGUUGUGUUCCUCGCUCUGGUGGCUGCUGAGAAGGGAAAAUCAAAAACAGAUCGACAGGGACGCACGUUGGGUCUGCUAACGCCGCUGCUGCUCGGCGCAGGGGCGCGUCCUCUGUACGAUGUGCCAGUGGUGCCAGUAGGUGGCAGCGGAGCAGCUGGUGCAGCCACACAGUCGGAUCAGUACUAUGGAGGUGGAGCAGCAGGUGGAGGCGGUUAUCCAGGCCAAUACUAUGGCAAUUACUAUGGAUAUAGGCCCAGCUAUGGCUUUGGCUUUCCCGGUUUUGCCUUCGGCUAUCCAAACUAUUCAAACUUCUUGGGCUAUCCGAGCUAUGGCUAUAAUAGACCCAGCUACAACUACAACAACUAUGCCGGCUAUCAGCGCCCCACACAAUACCCAGGCAGCUACUAUGGCAACCGACCCAACUACAACAAUUAUAAUAACUACGGAAACGCAGGCAACUACAAUAACUAUGGAAGCUAUGGCAGCACUGCCAGCUAUGGCAAUAGACCCGCAGCCUAUCCAGCGCCAGUCAACGCCAAUCCCAGCUCAGCAGUCUCGUCCCUUGGCGGUUCCGCCGCUGCUGGCUCACAGCUGAACACCGCGCAGGCAUCCCAAAUCGCUGGGCUGCUGGGUCAAGCUUUGGGCAGCAGCUUGCGUCCGCUUUUGGCCAAUGGUGGAGCUGGCGGAGCAGGUGCUGCUAGCAUUAAUCCACAAGUGCUAAGCAAUUUACUAAACUCGUUGAGAUUAACAAACUAA